CAUUCAUUCAACUUCGGUUACUUUCUUCGCAAAAGGCCUCAGCUUUGCUUUCCCACUGCGCUUAAUGUUUUCUUGUUUACCCAGGCCGUUAUGCCAAUGUAGAUAUUUGAAUUUUACAAAAAAGCGAGUUAUUUAGAUUGCCCAUCUCAAACUUGUUGAAUGUGCUGAAAAUUUUCAUAAUAUUGUAAACAAAUUAUCAGUUAUGGAGAAUUAUCAAUUGCUUCUAUGCAUGAAGAAGUUCUAGGGAGGAGAUGGCCCAAAUAUCUUCCAAUCAAAGUGAACGCAUUGUAGAAUACAAUAAGAUCUUACUGGAAAUACGAGAUUUUCUUCAUGAUAUCAUUACCCAAGAAACAUCGCUUUCUUCUGCCACUGCAGAAAAAUGUUCUACAUUUAUUGAUCAACUAGAUGAUUUUAUCAAGCCACCUUCACUUCCACCAAGAUUUAUAGGUAGAUCAUCAACAAAUGUUUUUGAAGGCCAGGAAUUAUCAGAUAUACAACCUCGAAGAGCAACUGCACCAGCAAGUGAAGAAUUUUUAACAAAACAGAGAGAACUAUCAAAGAAGGCCACUUUAUGGAAAAAUCGAGACAAGUCACAAGCACCUUACCAAAAAAAUCAAAACUUGGUUGACCAAAAUGAGUCUUUGAACGAGAUUCCUGAAAUUGAUGUUAUUUAUGAAAGAAUUGGAAGUUUAAGUAGCCCUGAUGAAAAAACUGAAGCAAAGAUACCUGAGAAGUACCCAACCCCUGACGGCCCUCCUCCACCUGUCCCGGAAAGAAAAGGCAGGUCAUCAUCAGCAAUAUAUGAUAAAACUUUGCCAUAUCCUACAUCACCAUUACAAGACAGAAGUAAUAGUCCAGAAAUUGUUAUGGUUCACGAUUUACAAAAACCAUUGUAUUCUGGCUUGUUACGGAAUGUCACAUCAAACACGAAGCAAUGGAGUGUUGUAAAACGACAAAAGUUAUAUCUUUUUAACGAUUUAACCGAACCUGCAAACUGCAUUGCAGAUCUAACGGAAUACGAGGUUUUUCAAGAUGCUGUUGAAAAAUAUACAUUCCAUGUCCGGUGCAAAGGUUAUCCCUCUAUUGUAUUAGCAGCAGUAGAUGAACAGCAAUAUAAAUUGUGGUAUAAUGCAUUUCAACGAGCUAAGAUAUUAGCUGAUUGCAAAGAUGGAAAAUCUGGUGGUGGAGGUCAAGGACUAGCUGUGUACUUAUCAUUGAAAGGAUCUGAAGAUCUUGAAGAUGGAAGUGAUGAUGAAGACGAGCCGUCUUAUGAGAAGCCUGAUGAGAUGCUUGAAAAGUUAAGCAGAUCUCCACCAAUGGAUAUCUAUGAAAGCAUGGACAACCCUCCAAUGUCUGACUCAGAUAGAUCUCUCAUGUCUCCAACAUCGCCUCAUCUUUAUGAAGCAAUGGACAUGAUCAUACCACACGGCAGCCAGCCACCAUCUCAAGGAAUAGAUAAUUACUCUGACUAUAGCUCUAUGCCUUUACCUCCAACUCCUGGCGUACUAACUGAUAUGCCACCAGAACUACCAGAACGCGGUAGAACGAGAACUAGUAGCACUAUUAUGCUGGAUGAUAAAUCUGAUGAUGAUACAUCAUCCUUAUCAGAUAACUCACUUAGUGGAUCAUUUGCAUCUUUGGCUGAGUCGGAGGGUGGAGAGAAUACGAAGGAUGGAGACCACAGUUUUAAUUCAAACACUUGGCCAAUGAAAAAAUUCAAAGGCCGUAAAGAAAAAGAAGUCGAAUUUUUACGUGACCUGUCUGCAGUAUAUUGUGGUAUAUUACAUCAAAGACGGAUUUUAGCAGUUUGGCAAAAACGAUAUUGCAAAGUAAAAGACCAAUGUCUCAUUUGCUACAGGCAACCUGAUUCGAUCGACCCAAGCUCACAAUUAUUUCUACCUGGUUACGAAUUAGACAGAGCAGAAGAGACCUGGAAAAGUUUCUCCUUUAAAAUUUACAAAGAAGGUUCCGAAACUUUAUAUUUUGCUGCAGAAUCGAGAGACGACCUAAUGAAGUGGCUAAAUGUUUUGGCGAAAGAAAUUCGCAAAGGAAGAAACUCUGUCGAUCUCAUGGACAAGGGAGGAGCGCAAAGUUAUAUAAAAGAAGAAGAGGAGGAGGGUGAAGACGAGGAAUCAACGGAAGAGGAUAGUUCAACCUCUAAUGAAAACAUCCCCUCAAUGGUAAUUGACAUGCCGUCUCCUGUGAAGAAAAACUACAUGUCUGAUCUCGAUGGAGACAACGAAUCUGCUGAUAGCGAAGAUGUGGAAAAAAGAUUCCCGUCAACGGAAAAAAUUCCAAAGAAUAAAUUACUACGUGUCGGUAGGCGAAGUAAACCGUCACGAGCACGUUCUGAGAGUUUUGAAGAUCCAGAUGCUGUUUUACAAGGUUAUUUACUCAGAAAGGUGAAAAACCACUGGAGCCGCCGUUGGUGCUGCAUUAAAGACAACAAACUGAUAAGUUACAAACGUUCGCCACGAGAUCCUGCCGAUGUUGUCAUUUUGCUGCCAUACGCUACACUAACAUUCCCUCCUGAGGAGGAUGACGUGUGUGGCUAUCAUAUGUUCAAGAUCACUAUGGAAGGUGAUAAAGUCAUUUGGUUCAGCUCAAAGCGGAAAGAUGUAUGGCAGGAAUGGACUGUGUGUAUCGGGAAAUUUGUUGGUAGUCAAAGCGAAGAAGCUUUCCCUUACGCAAACGUGCCGCCUCUUUCAGCUUCUUUAUCUAAACAAGAUGAAAAAGCGAAUACGUCUUUUCUCGAGAGUCCUGUUAAUGAGAAUAAAACUUUUCAACCUGAUGAUUUAUCUUCACUUGAUAAUGUGAAUAGAGAAAAGAAGUACAUUACUUCAAGUUAUCCAUUGCCUCUCCCUCCUCGCCGCGCACCAACCACACCCAGUCAACCCGAGAGUAUGCAACGUGGCGAUACAGAACUUAAAGAUGCUCGAUACACAGGUUUUUUAACAGAGCUCCAAAUGUUUCAUCAAUCUUUUCGAUACAUCGAACGUUUCAUUGUCAUAACAAGAGAUAAGUGGCUGAAGUUUUACGAAGAUAUUACAAGUGCAACGCCAGUUGCGGUGUUUUACGCGAUGAAAAUUGAAAUUAUUGACGAACCUGGCGCCGAUCCUGUUCUAUUACGAUUGCAUGUUGAAGACACAAACAAAGAAAUCCUCUUAAAAGCGUCCAAUGAAAAGGAGUGUGCAAAAUGGAGGGAUGCUUUUGAGAAGUUACAUUACGAAGAAAUCGACGACGAUGGGAGUUACGAGAAAAUAGUGGCGGACGAAGAGGAGAAACCCAACGAAGUAAUAUUUCGAAAAAGAAGCAAUUCAAUUGAGAAAAAAGACAAAACAGAACCUGUGCUUCUUCAUCACAGCAAAACUAUGCCCCACGUGGGCAAGAUGAAGAAACGCGCGAAGGAGCUAAAGGAAGAAAAACAACGCUCAAAAACGAUUUCAGAAAAAGACAGAUCAAAAUUAUAUGCCGAGAAAGAGAGAUCGAAAACAAUCACAGAAAAUUCAUUUGCUGAUGUUCCGAAAAAAGGCCUGUCUUCUCUCAUCCGAAGCUUUACGGUGGACACACUUACUAGGAAAGCAAAGAAUAAAUCCUACGAACUCCCAAAGGAGGAUGAUAUCAUGCUCAAAGAAACGCAACGCGGUGACGUCAUGCAAGUUCUUAAUGACGAUAACGAUGACGACGAAAUUUUAGCUGAAAGAUAUUGCCGUAUAUCUGGGAAAAUAUUUUAUUGCUUCGAAAAUGAAACGGACAAAAAGCCUCUGCUGAAAAUUCCGCUACGAAAUGCAGCCAUUGAAGAAUUUACGGACGCACCAUCAUCCUCUUACAGGUUUCGAAUCACUGCUAUGGACUCGGGUAGCGAGUAUACAUUCGAGUUAACUUCAGAGCGCGAGUUGGAUAAUUGGGUGUCUGCUCUGUAUGGAGAUGAUCAGUUGCAUAAAAGGUUAGAUGGCUCACCAGUCGCUUCUACAUUAAAUGUUGGAUCUCCAAAAACAUCAAUAAAGUCGCCCUCAUUAUCAUCACCCCUGUCGUCGACAUAUUCGUUAAUGUCGACAUCAACGUCGGCAUCCGAUGAACUGGUAACAAAAGAUGCCGACACACGGAGUAUUACUGAAAUCAACAAAACAGAGUACACGGUUACUUCUGGAAGGCCGAGUCGUUCUUCCACGACCAGUACGUCUUCAAUAUCUUCAUUUUCAGAAAAUAGAACAUUAAUCCCCCCGUUACUUGAUGAACAUGUAAGAUUGAGUAAUUUCAUGUUUGAGCUUCGAGAAAGCGAUCUAAGUAAAACUCGUUCAAGACGUUGGGUGGUGUUACGUAAAUCCGUAGUUGAGAUUUAUUCUAACGAAAGAGAAAAAUACGCGCGAAAAGUUUUGUGCAUUCAAAGUAGUGUAAUUGAAGAAUCAAAUAUGAAGAAGGCAAAAGUCAUAAAUAUUAAAGCCGAAUCUGACUCGAUAACUUACCUCAUCGCUCCUAAUGAUGAUAUUCAUAAGGUUUGGAUGGAUGAGUUCAAGCGUCUUCAGAAAGAGCAUAAAAGAGAUUCAAAAGAUAAAGCCAAAUUAUCAGCUAGUACCAGAAGAAGUACCACCAGUGGAAAAGAUUCUAAAACUGACAAAGAGAAGCGAAGUAGCAUGAUGCUGGUUGCUGAUGAUGUGAAAGCUAUUGAAAAAUAUCGGGAAUCUGCUGAUCCUACAAAUACUAUAUCUGGUCCUUUGACAGAAUAUUUUGAAGAGAGCAAAAUCAAAGAUAAAGAUAGACAUUGUUGGAUCAAAAACGGUGUCUUUUAUAUCGCGAAACGAUCGAAACCUGAGAAAGUUAUUAAAAAAAUUGACCUAUCCACCAUUGUUAUUCUCGACGAAAGCGAUCCUGCUCGUGACAAAUACGCGUUUAAACUCGAUUACUCAAAAGAUGCCAAGUCAAGAUCUGCUUCAUUGAAAGCGCCGAAUCAGAGUACUGCAGACCAGUGGAUGGUCGCGAUAUCAAUGGGUAUUUUGUUCCACCGUCUGUCAGGAACUCAACCACGCGAUUCCUCUAUAAGCAAGGAAAAACUGCUUUCGGACGAUUUUGAUUUUGUACAACUAAAUGGAAGCGCCUACCUAGACGAAGAAAAAGUUUCAAAUACUAGUAGAAAUCCCAGUAACCUCGGUCGCGACAUCAAACGAGAAAUUGAACUUAAAACACGAGACGGGGAAGAGCUUUUAGCACAUGUGAAAGAGCUAUUGAAAGACGAAUUUACAACACCCAAUCAUUCGCCAAUUGGAAAUCGGAAAAGUAGCGUCGAAAUAAGAGUAAAACCUGAUUCUAUCGACGGAGGGAAGUCGUUUGUCAAAAACUCUACUGACGAUUUCCCCGGCUCUGCAACGAAAAUUGAUCUCGAUAAGCGUCGGUUUAGUGAUUUGAAAGACGACGAGGAUCAUGUCUUCGGUGAACAACCGUUGGAAAUGCUUGAAAAUAUACCUGAAAGAGAAAACGCGGUGGAAACUUUUAAAAAUGUUAAAGGUAUUCUCAGGCAACAAGAGAGCAUCCGACGUGCAAUAUUACACAGACAACUUAGCAACGCGAGUAAUGUCGCAAAAAAGAAUUUAUCUUCAGCCAGUUCUGAAGCUAGAAAAACACCACCGAAAACAAAACCGAAGCCGAAAGUACGAAAAUUGUCGUCGUUGACGUAUUUUAUCAGGUCGUUUGUGACGUUUAAAGAAACAUUAGAUGGUUUAUCCCUUUCAGAGUUAGAAAAUUAUAAAGAAGAGUUAGAAGGAGAAAAGAUUUCACUUCUGAAUUGUUUAAAAAAUAUAAAUUCAGUAGUGGUGGAAGCGCGAUCUCAAAUGGAAAGUAAACAAAUAGAGAGUGAAUUCUGUAGUAUAUCAGAGGUGGAAUUUAAAACUGCUUGUAGCGAUUUGGAGACUGUACAGAAACGAAAUUCUUUAGUCGACAAGGAACUCAAAAAGAUACAUUCGAAUAUUAAUCGGAAGGUAGCUUUGAAUAUGGGGCGGCGAUCGAGCAACUCUGUAUUGCAUUCGUCCAGGACUACUUGGUACACGAAUAAUGUAGGUACCAACCGACCAUCUACGUUAAAGUCACUUAAAAAGUCGCAUUUUCAUGAAGAAGGCUAUCAUUCAGAACCACUGCUUGAUGAUGGCGAUGUGAACGAAAAAGAUAAUGAAAGACGAAAACAUAAAACCAGAAAUGUUGAGUCGAUUAUUAUAUAAAUUCAUUUUUUUUUUCUUGAAUUUUUUGUUAAUAUAGCUAUGAUAUGUAUAUAGAAACACAUAUAAAAUAUUUUUUAAAUAGUGACUAAAUUUUUUUACACAAUUCGUGUUAAUUUAUAAAAAAAAAGCAAAAUUUACAUGUUUUAUCAACAUUGCUUCAGUUUAACUUUUCUUUUGUGCAAAAAGUUAGAAAGCUUUUAAAAAUUAAAAAAAAAAAAUUUUAAAUAAGAACAUUUUUAAUGCACACCUCUCAGGCAGAUAAUCAUAUGUUUAUCGUUGCAAUGUCGACCAUGUUGCGACUGUUCUAACUAAGACGAGGACACCACGCAUCAACUCAAAGAAUAACAAUAUUGUAAGACUACCGUAAACUUUUUGCGCGAAGAAUUGAAGGCUGAACUAAGAUGUGUAACCUAUGGUUUGUCCCUAAUUUUACACGGCUUGCAAUGUUUCGCCUUUUUUCUUUUCAUUCUUGAAGUGAAGAAGACGUCUCUAUUAUACUACAUGGUCAGGAAAAGUCAGGAAAUUCACAUACCUACAGGCUUGCUCAAAGAGACAAAAAUUCAUCAAGGUUAAAGGGUAUAAAACCAGGGAAAUAUAAAAAAUCAGGAAAGACUAGUUUCUAGAUUUUGACAGACACUCUGUUGAUCGUAUUUGUUGCUCUUUUCUCCUUUAUUUUAUUUUUUUUUAUUUUUUUUUUUCUUAGAGAUAUUUAUGAUAUUAAAUUUACUUUUUAUCACUAAAUUUUGUAUGAUACCUAGAAACGUUUUUACUUGAAUUACAUUCAACUAAUUUUGAUAUCACUAAAGAUUAAAAACAUGA